GCAGGCCCAAAGAAUCCUUACGACGUGCUUGGCGUGAAGGCCAACGCAACCGCUGCUGAAAUAAAGAAGAGUUACUUUGCUCUGGCUCGUAAAUACCACCCAGACACGAAUCCAGACAAGAAUGCAAGGGACAAAUUUGUGGAAAUUCAGGAUGCAUACGACAUAUUGAAAGACAAAGAUAAACGCGCCGCAUUUGAUAAAUAUGGGUCUUCGUCGCAACAGCCUGGUUUCGAUCCGAACGCAUUCACCCAAGGUGGUGGCUUUGGAUCAUUUGGUGGUUUUAGUCAAGGAUUUGGAGGAGCUGGAUCGCAUGCAGACAUCUUUGAAUCUCUUUUCGGCGCUUUUGGGGGAGGUCGGGAGUCUCGAUCCACUGGACCUCAGCGCGGUGAAGACCUUGAAGCAGCCGUUGGUGUCAGUUUCCUAGAUGCAUGCAAAGGCACAACGAAGACUAUCAACGUAUCGACCGUGGUUGACUGUGGCACUUGCUCUGGUUCUGGGCUCAAGGCCGGCGCCUCAAGAUCCAAGUGCGGAACGUGCGGCGGUUCCGGCACACAGACGUUUGUGCUCAAUGGAGGUUUCCACAUGGCCAGCACCUGUUCAACCUGUUCUGGAACUGGAACCACUGUUCCGCGUUCUGGACAGUGUUCAUCGUGCGGGGGUAUUGGAAAGGUUCGGGUGAAGAAGACGGUACAAGUUAAAAUACCUGCUGGCGUUGAAGAUGGCAUGACACUGCGUUUGGAUCGGAUGGGUGAUGCUCCAAUAUCCGGCGCAGGUGUCAAUGGAGAUCUGUUGGUCCGCGUCAACGUCGCUCGCUCGCAAGCAUUUACGCGACAGGGAUCUAACCUUUACCACGACGCUCGCAUUCCAUUUCACACUGCGGUUCUGGGUGGCAGAGUCCGCGUUCCAACAUUAGAGGGGGAUGUCGAUGUGCGUGUUCCUGGAGGUACUCAACCGGGAGAGGAGAUGGUAUUGAAAGGGCGGGGCGUGCCACCACUAUACGGUUCUGGUAGUGGAGAUCUCUUCGUUAGAUUUGCGGUUACUCUGCCGAGGUCCCUUUCAAAACGGCAACGAGAACUCUUGCAAGCAUAUGCCGACGACACUGAAGGCAGGGCUCCUUCGAAGGCUCUCAUGAUUCCCACCCCAGCAAAGGCAGAAACUAGUAGUCCCGAGAACCCCGGUGAAGGUGACGAGUCAGGGGAAGGG